AUGCUUCGCGGCUGCCCGCGGUCUAGCGCACUGAGGCAUCUUCCCGAGAGCGGCCGUGCCUCCGCGUCUCUGCACUGCGCACCCCGUCCGGCCGCUUCGUCGCCCCCGCCGCCCGCCCGUGCGUCCGAGCGGCCGCAGCCCUCCGCCGAGGGCGCCCCGGGACGGAAGGGUCCAGCAGCCUGCCGGCGCCCGCCGCGCUCGUGGUCGCCGUCGCCGUGGUCGUCGUGGUCGUGUCCGCCGUCGCCUGGGCCAUGGCCAAUUACAUCCACGUCCCGCCCGGCUCGCCCGAAGUGCCGAAGCUCGACGUGACGGUGCAGGACCAGGAGGAGCAGCGCUGCCGCGACGGCGCCCUGAGCCUGCUGCGGCACCUGCGGCCGCACUGGGACCCCCGGGAGGUGACCCUGCAGCUGUUCACAGAUGGGAUCACAAACAAGCUCAUCGCCUGCUAUGUGGGCGACACCAUGGACGAUGUGGUUCUGGUGAGGAUUUACGGCAACAAGACUGAACUGUUAGUUGACCGAGAUGAAGAAGUGAAAAGCUUCCGUGUGCUGCAGGCGCAUGGCUGUGCACCUCAGCUCUAUUGUACCUUUAAUAACGGACUGUGCUAUGAGUUUAUCCAGGGGGAAGCUUUGGACCCACAGCAUGUCUGCAACCCAGCCAUUUUCAGGCUAAUAGCUCGUCAGCUUGCUAAAAUCCAUGCUAUUCAUGCCCACAAUGGCUGGAUCCCCAAAUCUAACCUAUGGCUGAAGAUGGGGAAAUACUUCUCUCUCAUUCCCACAGGAUUUGCUGAUGAAGACAUUAAUAAAAGGUUCCUAAGUGAGAUCCCGAGCCCUCAGCUUCUUCAGGAGGAGAUGACUUGGAUGAAGGAGAUUCUUUCCAGCCUGGGCUCACCUGUGGUACUUUGCCAUAAUGACCUGUUGUGUAAGAAUAUAAUCUACAACGAGAAACAAGGUGACGUACAGUUCAUUGAUUAUGAGUAUUCUGGAUACAACUACCUGGCAUAUGAUAUUGGAAAUCAUUUCAAUGAAUUUGCAGGUGUCAGCGAGGUAGACUAUAGUCUCUAUCCAGAUAGAGACCUCCAGGGCCAGUGGCUGCGCUCUUACCUUGAAGCCUACAAGGAGUAUAAGGGCUUUGGCAGUGAUGUCACUGAAAAGGAAGUAGAGACACUCUUCAUUCAAGUCAAUCAGUUUGCAUUGGCUUCUCAUUUCUUCUGGGGACUCUGGGCUUUGAUACAAGCUAAGUACUCCACGAUCGAGUUCGAUUUCCUGGGGUAUGCGAUUGUCCGCUUUAACCAGUACUUUAAAAUGAAGCCCGAGGUCACAGCACUAAAAAUGCCGGAGUAAAGAAGAGGCCUUGCUGUUCUCCAGGAGCUGAGCGAUGCUUGUGGGUGUGUCUGAGAAAUUCCAAAAGCCAAUAUCUGUUAAAACUCAUUUAAUUUGGUUAUCUUGCUUUAAAAUGAUGCCUCGAAACAACCAACCUAUUUUUAAAUAGAGUGAUGUUAAGACUGUGGUUACUACUGUCGUAUGUGGCGGGCUGAAGAUCUGACCCUCAGCAGAGAGUAGAGUCGGGCUUUAGCCUGUGGCAGUACAGCCAUGUUACAUGUGAAUUAUUUAUUACACUUUUGACACGACUGACUACUUUGAUCUUUCGUUUGUUCAGUGUAUUGCAAUGAGAAUAUUGUGGAAAUCUUUAAAAGGUUUUGUUGAUAGAUUUAAUUUCAGAAAAACAUUUCUUGUUCAGUGUAACCUUUGUGAAAUGAAUCAUUUACUCUCAGUCUUGGCAGUCACUGCCUCAGUAGUAACUUAGGGUGUUCUAGGGAAGGGCCCGUCGAAGAGGGAGGGAGCAGGGCAGUUUACUGUCUCCUGGGGUAUACUCUUUUGAAUUGGAAAUUGGAAAUCAUUUCUUUUGGGGGAGUACAACUUAGAAUUAAAUUGUCUGUUUACAUAGCCUGACAAUAUAAAAUAUAUUUACUGUAUAAGCCUGGAAUAUAACAAUUUAAUGUUAAAAACUGUUAUUAAGUCUUGUUUUCAAAUACUAGAUAUGGUCAUUUAAGGUAAUAGUCCCAAUUUUUAGAAUUUACCUAUCAAAUUGUUUCUAACCAGAAGUUUUGUUUUACUUGAGAUAGUCUGUUUUUGUUCAUUAAAUAAUAGCUGGUGUUGUUAGUAUUUGAAACAGACAUACAGAGUUCAUCAUACUCAGAAGCAAGGAAUGUCAUUUAGAUGCUUUCUAUUUAGAUUCAUUCCUUAAGUUGGUUUUGUGUCUAUAGAGUCAGCAAAUGAUGAGUCAUCUAUGUAAUUCCAGAGUCAUUGAAGCAAUUAGAGUCGUAAGAAGCAGUUAGCUAGGUCAUGGAGCUGGAGCACUUACGGUCUAACAAGUGAGGAGACGGGAAUUAGACAGUCCUUGGGGUAGGAGGGCUUGUUUUGUUUUAUCUUGGUUUUGUCAGUCUGGUUUUUAUUUUAUGUAGGUGUAGAGGGAGGCAACUAUUUCAUGAAAGGACAUUAGGUCUUUGAGGUAGACAAGGCUUUAAUCUUUGAAGACUGCUCUGUGGGCUUGAGCAGUCAGGGGUAACUUUCCUUAGACUAGUCAGACAGGCUUUGCACUUUGGUCCCAUAAGUGCUUAUGUACAAAGUUGGCUCCAUGGAUCUGCAUAUUAAAGUAUGCACUCCAGAUCUAGUCUAGGAUUGUCUGGUGAUGUUCCACAUGACUUAUGUUCUUAGCCUAGUGCUUUAAAAUACUUGGAUUGUCUCAAGGUGUUCAAACCUAAUAAAGUAGAAACAGGCCAUUUGAGAUGGUAAAUUCUAGCCACAUACAUAGACUCUUAAAAACAUGUCUCUAACAGUGUUAGACCUGGAUUCGGUUUCUACCUCCCCAGUGCUGUAAUGUUCAUAUUUGUUCUUAUGAGCCACAUUACUGUAAGAUCAUUACAAUUCUGCCGACUUCUGUGAAUGGAAACGAUAAUGACAAACUCUUUACCAUGGUAAAGAAAACCUGCAAAAAACUGGCUUAGUGGGAUUCUCAUUCAUGUUUGGAACAUUGUCCUAGGAUGAUAAAGAUGUGAGCCUCCCGAUUCUUUGCUUUCCUCCUUUAAAUCCAAGAGUAUGUGUCACGUGGAAGCCCUGGAGAAGACAGUGUUGGCUAGUCUGUUCCCGUUCUUGAGUGCUUUGAGUGGAGGCUCACUGUGCUGCUGCGGCUAUGGCUGGUGGACUGCAAAGCAGCCAGCUGAAGUGUGACAGACUCCUGUGGCAGUGAGUGCCAUGGCAACGGAUGAGGCUUCCUUGUUCACUCUGCUAGCACACAAGAGAUCGUGGAAAGACUAGCACAUGAAACUCUUGCCCCCAUUCCUUAGCCAGAUUUGGGUGCUCUGAUGCACCUGCUUCUCAUACAGCUUUUGGGGAUCAUGGUGUAGAGUAUCAAAAGGAUUCAAAAUGUCUUUCUUUGUAUUGACCAUGCAAGGGAUUCUAAAGAGGGUAUAUUGGGACUGUUCUGAAGCGCAUCCCUGUAAGAUGUGUCCUGUGGCUUGCUAGAUAUCAGUUGCCUUCUCUUGUUCAGCUAAGGAACUUGAAUGCCUUACCUAACUACUCAGCUGGUAGUCAGCUCGUUUUCUACAUGUGAAAGUGGAUGUUAGAAGUGGCAUUCAUGGGUGUUCAGUGUAACCGUAGACCGUAGUGGCCUGGAUGCUUGAACAAGCAAACGUCUGCAUUUCUGCCCUCUCCCUACCCAUCCUGUCUCCCUGGCACACUGUAUGAGCUUGAAUCUGACCAGUGAUAUUUGAUACCCUUCCUCUCCCCUGUGCUACCACCAUUUCUGGAAAUGAGAUGUGGUGGCCACGUCUUGCUGUUGCCAUGAUCUGCCCGAGAUGAACCUUGAGCACAAACCUCAUCACCUAGGUCUGCUUGGAGUGUAAAUAGGACAGUGUAAAUAAGCUGCUGUAGUUAGUGUGAGUGUGUCUUGCGUAAAGAGGGUGUCGUUCUGCCUUUUUCUUUGUAGAAGUUUUUCUGUCACUAAAUGAUCCAGCCUGUUGAUGUUAGGCUGGGAACAGUGCAGUGAGAUAGCAGGAACUGGAAGGAAGAUUUAAUGGUUUAGUUAACGUUGGGAUUUAUUUAUUUAGCCUCUCAGUGCCUAAUAAGACUUUUCUCCAUUUUUACUUGGCUAUUAAUUUUUUGUAGGUUAGAUUCUGGGAAGCAGUACAUUUAUAGAGCUCAUCUUUGAGUCACGAUCUGAAGCUGAAGGAAACGAAAAAUGUAAUUUGUUUGUAAACUGAAGUCUGGUCCCCUUUUCUAUUUUCAGAGUUCGUUGACAUUUUUCUACAAAAACUUGAAAUUCAAUGUGAAUGUAAAUCUCACCCCAUACAAGACAGGGCACACGGCAUCUCUUGAGUUUGUCAGGCACCUUUUCUGGGGUGGUUCAGUAUGGGCCAGCUAUUUUUCCCUCCCUGACCCCCAGAUGUUUAUUUUAACUUUGUGUUACUAACAUUAAAUUUAGACUUAAAAGAAUUCUCCCAAACACGUGAAAGAAAAGUUAGUCUCUUUGAAAAGUCCUCAGUUGUUUCUGUGUUCCAAAGAGGCCCCUGUACCUCUUGUGACCUCACCGGCUGGCUUAUGGAGUCAGGUGGGGUUUUAUUUUUUUUUUUCCUCUCUAACUUGCAUUUUAUACUGCAUUCCAGAGUACUGUAGACUUAAGUAUUUCCCGAUUAAUCUGUCACCUGUCAACAGUGCUUUGUCCUGGGGCUGUCCUAGGGCAGGCAGCAGCAUGUGCUACCUCACAGGGAAGGUGCACACAGGUGGACAGCCUCUUGAGAGUGUCUUUGGCUUCAGGUGCUGUUGAUUUUCCUCUGUCAGUUUAUAGGUUGGCCUUUACUGUGAAGCCAAGCUGCAUCUUCUGGCCUGUUCCUGUUCCGAGAAGCAGAGAAGGUGGUGAGCUGCCUUCCCCCCAGUGACAGCAGUGUUCAGUCUUGGGUUUGACAAGUGCUAUCAGCUGCUCCAGACAGAACAUCCCCAGUUUUGGAAUUACAGUUCAUAUUUCUAUAAAUGAAAAUAUUGGAGGUUUUUGCAUUACUUUGAAUUCUUGAAGGUUAAAUUCAGUGAUACUUUACAAAAUGAGUUAGAUUUGACAGUUUUUAUGCUGAAAAUGUUCAUUUUUGGCUCAGUUUGAUACAGGAAGAAACCCCAAAGUCUUUGGAUUAGGAACAAAUAAUGAUGCUUGGUUGAUAAGCACUUUAACUCCUGUGUUGGCGGCAGCGUCUCUGGGACUGGGCACUGUGGUACCACAACAUGUCUUUGUCCAGUGUGCAUUGUAUGCUGUAUGUACUUGCAAAAACACUCUUAAAAGUAGUUAUAAUUUAUCUUUCAGUUGUCGUACCCAUGGUAGUCCUUUAGAUCCCAUCAGUAAGUUUUAAUAAAACACUAGAUAGUUAAAGAACCAAAAACACCACAUUGUCUUUGGACUGGUUUGUGGAGGUGGAGCAGGAAAGCCUCUCCAACUGGAGCUCCAGGCUUCCUAGCCAGAAACAGAGCUAGGUUGAAACCCAAUGACACCUGCAGGGCACUGGAGGGCAGAGUACCAGUUCUCCACGCCUGCACUGGGGCGUGCUGCUGUUUGUUGUAGGUAGUGACAUACUGAGUGUUCCUUGUUAGUAAUCUGAAGUCGUCCUCUGUAUUUACAUGUACUAAAGUAACUGUAAACUAAUGGAACCCGUAAGAACUUUUCUGUAUUUAGGAGCUUUUGUAGAGCAAGGUCACAUGUCCUGAUUGAACAAAGACAUGGUAAUACCCAUAUGCAAGGGAAAAGCUGAAAUGAGGAGCUGUCAUUGCAUUAGCUGUCUGUUGAAUCGGGAAGCUGUGGCAUGGGAUCUUAAAUUUGUGUUUCCCAAAUGUGAAUUGUAGUCUAAUGCUGCUUUGUGUAGACUCUAAGUGCUAUGGGUAGUCUCAGCACUGAACAUGGAUUGAUACCUCGCAGAGGACCGCAGCCUUUGUCCUACGUUUCCCUACUCCUCAGCAAGUGUCUGCGUUCUGGAGAACUUGCUUAUCUGUUUGCUAGCAGAGAUACUUCCUGCUUUUUCCUUUGUUGUUACAUAUUUUAUGUUUGGAAUUUAAUUUUUACUACUGUUAAUUUAAGUAUAAUUUGUUCCAUGUAUAAAAUGGCGUUGCCAGUAAAAAUCAACAGCCUCUUUCACGUAGCUGCUGAAGUGAAGUACAUUUGUGUUCUGUGUUCAUGAACUUGCAGUGAAGCCGUGUUUCUUUUACAGAAAGGGCGGCUCAGGCUUUAUUUCUGUUUAAUAAGGCUUUCUACCAUUGAUUAAAUGAAGGAAUGUAUCUUUUUGAAGAGAUUUAUAUUCUGUAAAUAAACAUUGGUUGUAACAAUAAAGUUGAGUUCUAACUAUAA